UCCAUAAGCAGCUUUUGAUCUUGAGACUGGUGUCUCAUCUCGAAUGAGGAUGAUUGAAACAAUCACAAGCACGACAACGAGGUUGUUGUUAACCAAACCAGUCAAGACACCUUCAUUGAAGAGCAAGAGCAGAUAGCAGUUACUUUGUCUUUGUGGCGAUCGCCGUUGCCCUCUGUCGAAGGCAUAAGAUAUAUUCGUUGGAGGGAGAGAAACCAGCCAGAACAAAGAUCCCCGAGUUGAAGGAAAGACGGGUGGGAGAUGACGACUUCUUCCAAGGACUUGGCUGCCGAGUUCAACAACAUCACCGGUACAAUCGCGGAGAUUCGUGAUGAUUAUCGUCUACCCUGUCCCAAUGGCUUUGUGUGCGAGGGUGUAAAGCAAGCCAGUUGCGAUGAAGUGCGCAAGCUGUUCAACGACACGGAGCGCUUGGGUCUGGGAGAUAUCAUGGCCGGAAUUUGGUGUCCCCGCGAGAACAACACCCUCCGAAACUGCCCCAUUGGAAGCUACUGUCCGGAUUCCAAAAAGGUCAUGCCAUGCCCUUCAGGGUUUUUCUGUCCGCACAAGACGGCGAUCCCUGAAAUCAGCUGUCCCCACUGCGAAGAAGGAGCCAUUGAAUUGGUGGAAAAUCCACUUGGGUAUUACAUUUUCUAUGUCUGUUUGGCUCUUGUGCUGUUUUACGUGCUAGCCUUUUCCGUCUUCCGCUAUUGGACCGAACAGCUCAUCAAGCUGGACAAAAUCAACAAACGAACCUUGGAUACCUUCAAAAAGCUCGAUAUCUUUGAUCAGCGCGACAAACGAAUGAAGCGAAUUCGGCCCACUCUGGAGACACUGGCCCGAAAAAUGGAAGAAAACAAAAUCGGUACCCGAAAGGUCAAGAAUGAUAUUCUCAAAAUUCCAGACUCGGACGAUCCGCAGUUCCAUAGUCAAGCUCUCAGAGCUCUCUUCAACGCUUUGGAUGACGAUGACAGUGGUACCCUGUCUUACAAUGAGUUUAAUCACUUGCUGGGUAUGAACCAGGUCCAGCUGCAGCAGUUCAUUGGAGGAAUGAAUUCACGAGCCGGAUUGGAUUACGACACCAAAGUCUUGACUCGGGCCGUCUUUGUCAAGAAUUUCCUACCCGUGUUGGAAGAAUGUAGUCAUUUCGCCCCCAACGAGGAUGAUGCCAGAGAAUUGUUCGAUGAGAUGGCCAAAUACGAACGAGAAAACAAACACAAAGCUGGAUCACACUUUGAACAACCGGAAGGUCCGCAAAACGAAGGUGACGACGAUGAUGAACUUGUCGAGAUCCGGUUCGAAACCUUUCGAGAAAAGGACUUUUUCCACUUUUUGAGUCAACAACAGACCAACGAUCUGAUGAAACGAUUCCGUUGGUUGCGCACACAACAAAACAAAAACAUGCAAAAUCGGCAACAGAGCAACUCUGGUGGCGGCCGUGCACGUAGAAACACCUUGUUGGGUGGUGGCUUUACAAAGGAACAUUCCGUCCGGGAUGGACUUACGAUCGGUCGAGACGAAUUCGUCAAGAACUAUCCCAAGCUGCUCAAAGAGGUUGUCACAACAAAUGCCGCUCGACGUGACUCCAAGAGUGGCGAAAGCAGCGGCGCCUUUGACGAAGAGUGCGAAACAAUUGAUAUCACCUUCGAAGACCUGUCCCUGUCCGUGGAGAUUGCCAAUACCAAAGUGUACAUCGUAGAUCACGUGACGGGCAGAUUGCGUGCCAAGACAAUGACGGCGCUAAUGGGUGGCUCUGGUGCUGGUAAAACGAGUUUGCUCAACGCUUUGUGUGGUCGAGCUUUCUAUGGUGCCGUAGAAGGAAAGAUCUGGAUCAAUGGUAACAUCGCUUCUAUCGAGGAGCACAAAGAUGCUGUGGGUUUUGUGCCUCAGGACGAUACCGUAUACGCGGAACUUACCGUGAAGGAAAACCUGAUAUACAGUGGCAAGUUCCGAAGCGAAAGAGGAACCGACAUUCUGGAUAUCGAGGAUCGUGCGGAUUCUACAUUGGCAAAGCUCGGGCUUGCGAGAGUCGCAAACACAAUCGUCGGCGACGUUACCAGGAGAGGAGUUUCUGGAGGAGAGAAAAAGCGCGUGAACAUUGGAGUGGAGCUGAUGGGUUUGCCCUCCAUUAUCUUCCUUGACGAACCGACUAGUGGGCUUGAUGCCAGUUCGGCUCUGCUGGUGAUGAGUUCAUUGAAGAAGCUUGUUGAUCAAAGUGGCGUGACUGUCUGCGCAGUCAUCCAUCAGCCUCGCAAAGUUAUCUUCGAUCUGUUUGAUAGUCUAAUUCUACUGAGCGUCGGUGGAAAGAUGUGUUUCCACGGACCAACGGACAAAGCCAAAGAUUACUUCCAAAGCCGGGGGUAUCAUUUGCCGGUGGGAGAAAGUGUGGCCGAUUGGUUGAUCGAUAUCUCGUCAGGGCAGCUGGCACCUGACGAAGAUGGCCUGUUAGACAAUCAGGCAACAACGAGACAAAGAAAGAGCACGAUGGGCUUGAUGGGCGACGGCUCCGGUAAAGAGGACCUUGCCGCUGCCGCCGCCACUGGUGGUGGUGGAGCAACAAAUUUAGACGAAGAAGAAAGCGAUGUUCAAGCUUUGAGGCGCGAACAACUUUCCAAGGGUUGGAUCGAGUACUUCGACAAGAAGAACAAGAACAUCACGAAGAAGUCUAGGUUGAUGUACUACAGCAGACCCGAACCGACCGACUUGCCAAGCCACAUCAUCAAGCCCACGUUCCUGGAUCAGCUCGGGGUGCAGCUACUCCGAGCUGUUUUGGUCGGACGUCGAAAUAUCUUUUAUAAGUUUGUGGACACAUGCAUCAUUGUGUUUGUGGGUAUUUUUCUCUCUUUAAUGCAAGGGACGACCGUGUUGUCGGAAGAUGCUGACCCGCAAGGCAUUCGCCUGAAAUAUCUUGUGACUGAAGAUCCCGCACUGGUUUUGAGCAACGAGAACGACAAAUUCUUUGAGCAGCUAUUUGCUUAUUCCAUGCGAGCAAACGAAGAUUUCCGACAGUACGGCCUCAAAGCAGGAGUUAUCCUGGCCGUGAUCAUCGGUCUGACUGCAACCAAACCCAUGACUGAGAAGCGGGUCGAAUUCUUCCGAGAAUCUGGGUCUGGUUACGAUGUGAACGCCUACUUCCUUGCGAUGAACAUCGUCACAACUGUGGAGCAUUCUGCCCAGCUAGUUAUCGUGGGAUCAGCGGCGUACUGGUUGCGUGACUCUAUUGUGGGCCGUGGUAGUUACUACGCCAGCUUCCUAAUGCUCGCAUGGUUGACCGUGUCUUGGGCACUUCUGCUUUCGGUUGUGGUCCCUCCCAAGAAUAUUUUCAACAUUGUCGGCUUCUUCAUGGCCUUCAGUGGUCUUCUUUUUAGUGGCGCCUCACCUCCGAUUUUGUACGCCGAAUUGUACUCAAACCCUGUGUACGGAUUGAUUUGUGGUUUCUUUUCACCAACUCGCUUCUUCACGGAAGGUCUUGCGGUGUCCGAGCACCGUUGCCUGCCGGCGCAAAGUGGCUUCACUCAGGAACCUUAUGCGGUGAACUUCCCCCCUGACAAGACCGCGUUUGCCAUUUUGGGGUUAGCCGAGAACGACUCCACGGUGACGACCCGUACUUGCAAUGGUUGGUUCUGGUAUAUCCUCCCGUGUAUAAUGGUUGGUGUGACAAUCCGCAUUGCUGCGGGUGGAUUGAUUCAUGUGGUCGGAAGAUCCCAGCAAGCGAAGCGAUCCUUCUCUGCGGAGAUAAAAGCAGAGAUCAAGUCGAACGGUCCCAAGACUACGACGUUUACCUUUGUUCUCUACAUGAUUGUCUUGCUGGCAAGCAUUACGAUUUCUACAUGGCUUCUGUUGCGCCAAGCUGCCUGAAACCCAUACCGAUAGGCCAUGAACCCCCCUGACUCCCCGAGAUGCCAAAAGCAUGGAUGCAUCCCGACUUGGUAGAAAUAGUGGUACAUUUUUUUAACUUAGCUGCAUUUCGAAUUGC